AUGGAUGAGCGUGAAAAAUUGUUAACAAAAGAAGCAAGAAGUAGCUGGUUUGAUGUUCGUACUAAAUUGUGUUUAUUUGUAAUGUUGCAUGGAUGUGCAUUGGAAAUCCAAAGUGUUACUGAAACACAAUAUGUGUAUUCCUAUUUAAAGAAACACACAAAUAAAAACACUACCUAUGAAUCCACGUCAAACAAUUUGAGCGAACAGAACUGUCCAGGCAAUAUGACUGGAGAGAAUGAUGACUAUAUACAAAGUCUAGCAUCUUACUGGACGUGGUACAUUCAACUUGUGACAUAUGGCAUAUGUUUACCGGUACUGGUAGUAGCAGGUCCAGUGUCCGACCUUAAAGGAGCAAAAAUUGUGUUAAUGUACAAUUUAAUGAUUACAAUCUUAUCAUAUGCUGCUAGAGCCUACGCCAUAUAUGAAGAUUUAAAUCUUUACUGGUAUGUUGGAUUCAGUGCAGUAGAAGGCAUAUCUGGAUGUCACUAUGUAUAUCAUCUAACUUGUAGUGCGGUUCUUACAAACUCUACCAAACCGAACAAAGAACGACCAUUUAUAUUGGCUGUUUAUGACGCCAUGAUGGGGAUAGGAAUGGGUAUUUCACAGAUUGGAGUAGGAUAUGUUAUCAAAUUUUCAGGAUAUACAUAUCCCUAUCUUGUAUCAAUUGUAUGUCUGUGUCUCGUACUUAUACUUAUUAUAUUAACACUGGAAGACAAUACCAGUAAGAAAACCGUCGACGUAUUAUCACUCCCAAAGAAUCUCUGCGUUCUUUUUUCCAAUCAAAAUGCAUUAGUGAGUAACAACAUUAGGUAUUUAUGUGUAUAUUAUACCAUAUACCUUUUCCAUCUUUUGCCACUUUCAGCAAAUUCUACAAUUCGUCUGUUGUUUAUCUUAGGACCACCAUUUUGUUGGUCUUCUGUUCAUAUAGGAUGGUUUAGUGCGGCACUUGCCAUUGGUGAACUAGUGAUUGGGACUGUUAUUCUAAAAGGUCUGCUAUCAUGUUUUAAAGGAUAUGUAAUCGCAAUGUUUGGAUACGCGUCUACAUUGGCAAGUUUUGUGCUUUUCGGAUUUUGUACAGCUGACUGGAUGAUAUAUGGUGGUGAGUUAUAUUUAUUCAUAUUUAAAUAA